GUUCAACGUCAACAUCACCCGUUACAUCGAAGAAGCUCAACAAUAUUAGAGGUCUAGGGACCGCUAUUCAGGACUAUCUUCGCGCAUGUAGACACGAGUUGACGUCUGAGCCUAGACUGUAAAUGGACCGCCGAAGUCCAAACAUGUCGAUCUAUGAUGAAACGGUAACGCUACAAUAACGACACCAACUCCACUCCUCUGCUGUCCCGUGCACAUCAACCGUGACCUGCCAGCAUUCUUGUCUGUUCCAAUCUGUCUCCUGAUUAUCUAGUCCAAAAGCGCGUCGAGGCGCAUGUGACAAACACCUGUCUUCGCAAACAACAGCAGGCCGAUAGAAACCCAGCACAGCAAGCUGAUUGAAGACCCAACACCACGACCAUGUUCUCACUGACAUCCACCGCGACCCUACACCACGUAACCCACCUCCCACCCUCCACAACGCUCGCGCAAGCACUCUCCUGCCUGCACAACCACGACCUGCUCAUCCGUCUCGACCCCGAACUCGCACACUACGAUACACUCCCCUCAUCUCCCACAGCACCAGACACAAAACGCUACAAAGUGACCGACAACAUGCACACCCUCCCCAAAGGCCUCUGGGACACCACCGUCACCUUCGAAGCGGAUAUCACGAAUACAGACAACGGGAUUGAGUGGAUCAUAAGAGCGCCGCUGGGGUUAUUGCAGAGGACUACCUGGCGCGUGGUCAAGCGGGCGGAUUUGAAUGGCGAGAUAGGGAAUGUGGUGGGCGACGAGGUUGGGGAGUGGACAGAUGGAGAAGGUGAGGGCGAGUGGAGUCUGAUUGAGGAUGUGGAGAUCAAGGCGAGUCGGCUGUUGACCGGGACGGUGAGGGGUAAGUGUGAGGAGAAUUGGAGGGGUGUGCAUGGCAGAUUUGUGGGGCAUUUGGGGAGGGUGGAGGUGAAGUCGUGAUCAGGAUAAGGGCCUGAUUGGAACUGUUCAGGGGUACUGCAUUGUCCAGGGUUACUGGAUGGGUUUCUCAUCGUUGUCGAGCAGCGCUCGAACGCGGAAGCUUCAUGUGCGAAGAGUUGCUUUGCGAUAGAUAAUGCUUAACAUCUGGCCUGUGAUGUGAGAGUUGUCAUGGGUGGUCGAUAUCAACGCAUUCGCGCGUCGCUGCGCCAUUAACUCUGCAGUAUGUGUGAUAGUGGUGACAAGGCGAUCUCACAAUGUUGAUUGCUCAGAGAUGCACAUCUUUAUCAGAACUGGUGUUUCGAAUUGGGCCG